AGCCAAUUGGCCCAAUCAGCUGUUGUCAUUCGACAUUCGCACGCGGGAUUGGAAGGAAAUAAUUAAAACGUUUCUAAAGCACUCUAAGAGAUAAAAUACUAACCAUGUUGGACGUGAUCCAACCCAGCAGCAACCUCCCGACCAGCGAGAGCACCGAUGUUGUGGUGGUCCGGGCCAGGCCAAAGAAGGUGUUCAAGCCAAAGGCGCGUAUCAAUCGGAUUCCCCAGGAGCUGCUCGAUGAUCCGCUGCUGCAGCAAGCCAUCGACCGCCUGCCCUCGAACUACAACUUCGAGAUGCACAAGACCAUCUGGCGCAUACGGGAGAUGAAGGCCAAGCGAGUGGCCCUGCAACUGCCGGAGGGCCUGCUGAUGUACGCCAUGGUUAUCAGCGACAUUGUAGAGCGAUUCACCAGCGCAGAUACUGUGAUAAUGGGCGACGUGACUUAUGGAGCUUGCUGCGUGGACGACUACACCGCCAAGGCGUUGGGAGCUGAUCUGCUGGUGCACUACGGCCACAGCUGCCUCAUUCCCGUGGAUCAGACGUGUGGCAUCAAGGUGCUGUACAUUUUUGUGGACAUCAAAAUCGAUCCGCUGCACUUCCUGGACUCUGUAAAGCUGAACUUCCGCCCAGAGGUGGGCCAAAUAGCUUUAGUAAGCACAAUACAGUUCGUGACAACGCUGCAGGCUGCAACUACUGAGCUAAAAGCAGCCGGCUAUGAUGUGAUAGUACCACAGGCCAAGCCACUUAGUCCCGGAGAGAUUCUUGGGUGCACUUCGCCUCAGCUGCCGGAGACAACAAAGAUGAUAAUAUAUCUGGGUGAUGGACGUUUUCAUCUGGAAUCCGCAAUGAUAGCCAACCCGUUGCUAAAGGCCUACAAGUAUGAUCCGUAUGAGAAGAAGUUCACCACAGAGCAGUACGACCACUCGGCGAUGCAGAAUCUUCGCCUAGACGCUGUUCAGCGGUCUAAAAAGGCGCGCCGCAUUGGCAUCAUACUUGGAACACUCGGAAGACAGGGCAGCUCACGAGUGCAUCGGUUUUUGGAGAAGCGACUUCAUGCCAAGGGUAUCGAAACUACCACAUUAUUGCUGUCGGAGAUCUUCCCACAGAAACUGGCUCUCUUUGCCGACAUCGACGCGUUCGUGCAGGUUGCUUGCCCGCGACUUUCAAUCGACUGGGGAUCCGCCUUUACUCAACCGUUGCUUAAUCCUUACGAGCUGUCCGUGGUCUUGGGCGAUGUGGAGUGGACGCCACACAACUCGUCGCCGCGCAAUAACGCCUAUCCGAUGGACUUCUAUGCCAGCGGCAGCCUGGGACCCUGGACGCCCAACUUCAAGCCACCAGCGAUAGGAGAGUGCGAGAACAAGCCCUCGGCUGAUUGUUGUGGCAGAUGCACGCGAGCGGAAUUGGAGAAGGACGAUUCCGGCAAGGCAGCGGCUCUGGACGAUCUUCUCGACUUUAAGAAGGGAUAAACGAUUUGUCUGGCUCGCUUCCAACUGCCCUCGGAGCCCUCCAUCUCAAUCGAUCAGCACAAGAUCGUCUGCCCAAAUAUAUUGAUUACCUACUAAUUUAGUUAGUACAAAUUUGGUUUUUAAGUUCUUACUUUUAGGGCAUCUUUUGUGUUCAUCACAGAUAGGUUCAUAAUUUUUAUGUUCGCAAUAUCGUUCUUUAGUUUAUUGACUUUAUACACUUUUUUAACAGAGAUGCAAGUGUUAAUAAGCAGCAACAAUGUACACAACUUUCAACAUUAAAAUAAUGUUCAAAACAA